GACUUGACGACGCUGAGCAACGGAAGAGUGGGCAGGAUUUGCUCUGAACGCUCGUGCGCGCUACCGCCCAGACGGAAGCGGAAGUGCCGGUAGCGCGCGAGUAGGAAGUGGUGAGCUCGGAGUAGAGAUGGCCGCGCUUGCACCGCUGCCCGCGCUCCCCGCACAGUUUAAGAGCAUACAGCAUCAUCUGAGGACGGCUCAGGAGCAUGACAAGCGGGACCCUGUGGUGGCUUAUUACUGUCGUUUAUACGCAAUGCAGACUGGAAUGAAGAUCGAUAGUAAAACUCCUGAAUGUCGCAAAUUUUUAUCAAAGUUAAUGGAUCAGUUAGAAGCUCUAAAGAAGCAGUUGGGUGAUAAUGAAGCUAUUACUCAAGAAAUAGUGGGUUGUGCCCAUUUGGAGAAUUAUGCUUUGAAAAUGUUUUUGUAUGCAGACAAUGAAGAUCGUGCUGGACGAUUUCACAAAAACAUGAUCAAGUCCUUCUAUACUGCAAGUCUUUUGAUAGAUGUCAUAACAGUAUUUGGAGAACUCACUGAUGAAAAUGUGAAACACAGGAAGUAUGCCAGAUGGAAGGCAACAUACAUCCAUAAUUGUUUAAAGAAUGGGGAGACUCCUCAAGCAGGCCCUGUUGGAAUUGAAGAAGAUAAUGAUGUUGAAGAAAAUGAAGAUGCUGGAGCAGCCUCUCUGCCCACUCAGCCAACUCAGCCAUCAUCAUCUUCAACUUACGACCCAAGCAACAUGCCAUCAGGCAACUAUACUGGAAUACAGAUUCCUCCGGGUGCACACGCUCCAGCUAAUACACCAGCAGAAGUGCCUCACAGCACAGGUGUAGCAAGUAAUACUAUCCAACCUACUCCACAGACUAUACCUGCCAUUGAUCCCGCACUUUUCAAUACAAUUUCCCAGGGGGAUAUUCGUCUAACCCCAGAGGACUUUGCUAGAGCUCAGAAGUACUGCAAAUAUGCUGGCAGUGCUUUGCAGUAUGAAGAUGUAAGCACUGCUGUCCAGAAUCUACAAAAGGCUCUCAAGUUACUGACGACAGGCAGAGAAUGAAGCCUUUGUAUGACAGACCCAUGUAUUUUUGGCAUGAGGAACUAACAGUCCAUUACUCUGUCUUCAGCCUAUCAGGAUCACAGUUUUAAGGAAGACUUGGUUUCGUUGAAUAUGACAAUGAAAUCUGUGUGUAUCAGAUUUUUAUUGAAGCAUUCAUCAGCAGCCUCAACCAGUUUUCAUUGUCCAUUUACUAGAUUCAAUCAUCUCUGAGUAUAUAGGGCUGAUGUUAGCAAGACCCUAAAAAUGUCCAUUGAACCCUGCUUCAAAAAAUGAAAACACACCUCUAUAAAAUGUGUACUGGGAAUAAGCUUUGUAUUUACAUACAUUAGGGGAAUUUUUAAAAAUCUGUAAUGUUUGGACAAACAGAUGAUAUUACUUUGCUAUAAAAUUAUAAAUGUAACUUUUAAUAAAGAUUGCCAGAAUAUUCUAAAUUAGAAAUUAGUUUUUGUUUCCCUCAAGACAUAAAACAAAUAUGAACAUUCUAAACUGCUGGAUGAAUCUGAAAAGACAUUAAGUUCAAAUUUUAAUUUAUUCUCAUGUUAAAUAUAACUCCAUUAAAAGUUUAAAAUUUCAUGGGAGAAAAUAAGGUAAAGAGGUAGAAUCACUUUCAGACUUAAGAAUAAUGUUGAUUUCCCAACUGCUUUACCUUAUCUAUUAAAGCAUAAGAUGAAUUGGUAUUUGCUUCAUAGGCAGUUUGACUGCAUGUAUUAGAGAAUGAAAAGAAGAUAUUUGUAGUAAUGCCUGGAAACUUGGUGCUUUAAAUUAAGGUACUCCUCUGCUGCUGUAGAAUGGAUUCCACACAGUGGAUAGCUAUGGAUGAUUCAGAAUAUUAUGUUUAGAUUCCCAUUUGUUAAGUUUAUAAGGUUUGUGGGGAAUUAUGAACUUACUGUGUACCACCUGCAUUUGUGCUGUGUGAAAAAUAAAUACAAGGAUUCGUUUAGCUAAUUCAACUUAUUACAAAGACAAAUGUCUGUUUUUAUUUGCCUGCUAGAAUUGUCUUUUUUAAAAGUCAUUUUUAUUUAUGGGACUAUGGGUGUUUCUAUAGGAAGAAACAGUUUUGUUUUUUGGUUUUUGUUUGUUUUUUAAGAUAAAUUUGACAAAGUUAACUGAACUUUAUCUGGUCCAUUUUAUUCAUGCUACUAAGAUGGGACUCUUUAAACACAAGGGUCAGCAAGCUUUGGCCCAUGGAUUGGCCACCUGUUAUGUAAAUAAAGUUUCUUUGGAACAA